AUGCCGAAUUCUGGAUGGGCACUCACGAGUCUGGACCAUCGAUUGUGCUCGAAAAACAUAGAAAAUGGCGAGUUAGCCGACUCGAAUCAUCGGAAUUUGAGCUUGAAAUCGUGGAUUGAGAAAAAUCCUGAUGUUCUGGGUGAAAAGGUUGUUCAGAAAUGGGGUCUUGAUCUCCCCUUCUUGUUCAAGGUACUUUCAGUUGCAAAGGCAUUAUCGAUCCAGGCACACCCUGACAAGGAAUUGGCUAGAGUGCUGCACAAGUCUCGGCCUGAUAUCUACAAGGACGAUAAUCACAAGCCUGAAAUGGCCUUGGCAGUAACAGAAUUCGAAGCUCUUUGUGGGUUUACCAGUCUCGAGGGGCUUAAGGAUGUUUUCGGAAAUGUUCCCGAGAUUGUGGAAGUCGUUGGGACUGCCUGUGCUAAUCAAGUUUUAGAACUAGACUUCAAUAGUCAAGGAGAGGAGAAAGUAAAAGCAGUUCUGCAAUCAGUGUUUACCCAACUCAUGACUGCUAGCAAGGAUGUGAUUUCCAAAGCAGUAUCCAAUUUGAAGAGUCGACUCAAAACAGAGAGUCAGGUGAGGAAAUUGGCAGACAAAGAACAGCUUGUAUUGCAACUAGAAAACCAGUAUCCAGCUGAUGUGGGUGUGAUAGCAACUUUCUUAUUUAACUAUGUGAAGCUCAAUCCAGGUGAAGCAUUGUAUUUAGGGGCAAAUGAACCUCAUGCUUAUAUAAGUGGUGAGUGUAUCGAAUGCAUGGCAACUUCAGACAAUGUUGUGCGCGCUGGCCUAACUCCAAAGCACCGGGACGUGCAGACUCUUUGCUCCAUGCUCACUUACAAACAGAAACCAGAGGCCUUUCUUGACAAGGCUGUCAAGGGGUGGAGUCCAACCCGGACCAUUGAUCCAGAUCCAUCUGGCUUUCCCGAAAUUCUGAGAGGGAUUCCUCUAAAUUCAUUUACAAGAAAGUACUUGCCUCCUUUCAAUGAAUUUGAAAUUGAUAGCUGCAUUCUUCCGCAUGGUGCAUCAGCGCUGUUUUCAGCAUCCCCUGGUCCCUCCAUUUUCAUUGUCAUAGCAGGAGAGGGAACAAUGCAUGGGGCACACUUUGAAGAAUUAGUUAGCGAGGGUGAUGUUCUAUUCGCCCCUGCAGAUGUUAGCGUAGAAGUGGCAACAUCAUCCAAAGUACACGUCUACCGAGCUGGAGUGAACAGCAGAUUCUUUGAGGCCUCUUGA